CACGGAGAAGGUAAACAAGACUGAAGAAGCCUUCACUGAUAGCUGACAAAUUAAUACAUUGACGGUAUAUUUGUGCGUAGCAUGCCGUUUGCGGCACGAAAGCUCAUUGUCUGGACCUCGCCUGGAGAGGAGGCGGGCAGUAAUUACAACAUCGUGACUUUCUGCCAUGGAGAGAGCAAGACGUCUUGACUGGUUUACAUGGGACAUUUCUCGGCAGCAUUAGCACAGGUGAAUUGCUAUGGGACCUAUUCUACAAGAACGCACAGCAUCGGCGAUCCUAAAGAGGGUGCCCGUUAAAGAGAAGGUUAGAGUGAAAAAUUCCGAAAAUACUGCGAUCGUUACCAGCAACAAUAUAACUGGAGGUAAAGUCAUUCAAAGUCAGAAACCUCAGAAAAAAACAAGCUCAUUGCACAAGAAUGUCAUUUCAGGACAGGCCAAGGAGCCCUUGCUGGGAGCUGAAAUUAAGGGCCAACAUAGGAAUCGAACAAAGCAGGUCAAGAGUCCUAUCAGUGGCACAUACAAAAUGCCACGCACACAGUUUGAAGCAGAUGUAAGGCAUCCAAGGUCCAAGCCAUCUUCAUCAGAACAGGGAGACAAGAGGCAGAGGGUGCAGCAACAGUCCACAUGCUGCAUUGAGGUUGAGCAGAACUAUGCAGCCCAAGAAAAGAGUCGCCGUGCUCUGUCUCUUCCACUGGCUCCUCAUCAGAUCCGCUUGCCUGGUAAUGUCCGAGACCUUCAGUCUCUGCACCUUCUGGAGCACAAAGAGGAUGACACAGAUAGUGCCAGUGACCUGUCAGAUUCUGAGAGGCUCCCUGUGUUGCCUUCUCCAUGCACUCCACCUCAGCUUAACCUCAGAGCGGAAAUAGUUGACUCAGCGGACCUGCAUCCACAUAUCCCAGGCCCCAGGACAGUACAAACACAAAGUGAUGGCUACAAUUAUCCUGAUUUCCUACCUCCACCUUUUAACACCUGGAGCCUGAGGCAACUUGCUGUCUUCUUGAACACAGAGGGGAAACAUGCACCACGUCCCAAACCAGUUGGCCAGCUUGAAAUGUUCCUGGAACGUCUGCUGCAGCUAGAGUGGCACCAGAUUCAGACUAUUCAGAAUGAGAGAAGCCAACCCAUGACAGUCAAUGUGCGUUCUAGAGGUCUUGCCCCUAUUGGUCCACAAAUAGCCAGCUUUUCUCGGCCUCACACAGCACCUCCUACUCGCCUCAGCUCCCCCAAAAGCAUGCGCCAGAAUCAGCGCCCCUUUCCUUUUACUCUCUUAUCAUCUUUGGGAAGCCCAUCAUCAUCAUGCCAGUCCUCUCGCUGCCUCUAUUGCCAUGUUCGCUACCCACUGUGCAAUGGCAGCUGUUCUUUAUAUACCUACCAGCGUCAUUCUCGCCUCAGCCCACUGCUGGAGCGUAAAACGUCACUUAGCAUAAUGCACAAAAGAAGCAGUAGUGAAAGUAGGGCUUCAGCCUUGGAGAACAAAGCCAUGGGAAGACCUCACUGUCCUGUAAGCCCAAAAAGCCACCAAAAACCAAUAGAGGCUGCUGGAAACCUGCAAAAAGUUUCUCAGGAGUUGAGUAUGAAGAGCAAAAAACAGUCUUCAGCCUGGAAAUUACACAGUGGGAGGGCUGCUGAAGCAGAGAGUCAGAAAGAUUCACCAGUGGGAGCAAGAGGUGCAUUUGACAAACGUGUCCUUGCUGCUAAUAAACGAGACUUGUGUCCAUCAGGAAAGAGGGAACAAAAACAAGGCAAGCAGACCGAGAUUGUGUGCAGCAUUGCAGUUCCUAUGGUUAAAAGCAUGUUCAGUGAAAAUAACAGCAUUAAGGGGAGCAGGGCAGAUAGAAAGCUAAAAAAUGCCUACAUGUCAAAGUAAAAUGAUCAUGCAUUAAUCUUUACUGUUCUAAACAGCCUGCGUGCACAAUAUGUGUCACAAUAAGUGUUUGUCCUCAAAAUAAUUUUGCAUUGCAUUUUCUUUAGUACAUUUCUUGCGUAACCGUUGACUUUUUCGUCUAAAUGAUUAAAGAUGUAAUAUUUCUAGUAUAUAAACACUAUAUUAAUAUACUGUAUUAGGUAAUUCUUUGAUUUGCAAAUAAGGGUUACUUUUUUAACAUGGCUAGGUUUAAUAGUUAAUUUGGACACGUGUCCUCGAAAAGACAGUUCUUGAAAAAUUAUUAUUUAAAAUCCUAAUUUAAAUGUAAGACCAACAAUUACAAAUUUAAUUGAAGAUAUAGGCAUAUGUUUUUAAAGUGGUUUAUGCCAUCAUGUUGACAGCAGCGUGUAAGUUUGUUUGGACCUGAAGUAGUCAUAUUCAUUAAAGAAUGUAUAUUUUUGACAUGAAUAAUGAAUGUUUUGUAAUGGCUUUAUGUAUUUUUGUAACGUGUUGUAUAUAAGGGCUUUUCUUUAAAACUCAGCAAUCAUGUUUUGCUAUUUUGUCCAUAUUUCUUUAUUUAUUGCCCUUUGGUACUUGUAAAAAAACAUAUAAAAACAUAGUGCUUGAUUAUGUAUAUUUUGAGCAAUAUUUUAUAUUACCUAGCUGUAGGUUUUAUAUCAUAUGGUAUAUUAAGGAAUUAUAAUUGUGAAUGUAUGUUUUAGAUAUUUAGUUUGUUUUUGGGUAAUAUCAAAAAUGUAUUUUUAGGAGCAUGUCUCUUAUUUAAAUGUAUUUUUUUUAUGUUUUCCUGAUUUUAUUUAUCAGAAAAAAAUGCAUACAGUUGUUUAUUGUCUUUUGGUGCUGCAUGUGCUAAGUUUAUUGGAAAAGUAAUGGUAGUGAAAAAACGUUUUAAGAUUCAUAGAUAAAAACUACUUGAAUAAUGUUGGUUGGUGCCUAAUUAAGGUCGUAGGCUACUUGCUACAUACAGUAUUUCUGCAAUUAAUGUUUUAGUCUUUUGUUUUUUAAUGUUUGUUUGUCAAAGGCAUUCAACAGGGGAAAAAAACAUAUUCAUGUUGUCAUUAUAUUUUUGUUUUGUUGAAAGAUGAUGUCAGUAGAACUGAAUGCACUAUUUUGUGAGAAAUGCUAUAAAAUUAUUCUUGACCUUA